AUGGCUCGCAAUAGAGGCAACAGAAGCAGGCAAAACAACCGGCGCGGCAGAAGUGAGGAGGGUAACAGUGUGCGUGACAGCUGGUCAGCUCGAGGCGGCCACACCAGCACAAAUCAUGAUUCCAAGUUCGGACGUGGGCGGCAGCACGACAGGCAAAACAAUUACCAUCAAAAUCGCCGCCACCAUCUUCAUCAACAUCACGCCUAUCGCCCUGGUCAGCAGGCAUGGAACUGGCAGCAAGGUCUGAGCAGUGAGGAGAACGACACGACGGAUAGCUCAGACCUGGACACGUCAGAUGCUGACAUGGUCAGCUUGAAUCAAUUCCCCCCAGCCGAAAAUAACGUCUUCUCCCUCCUCCUGCCCCCAGCAUCAAGAUCUGCGGCAGCCGCGACGAAUAGCACGUUCCGGUGCUUGCGAGGCGACUGUGCCCGGAUCAAGAAGAACCUCGACUGGAUCAAGCGGAGGGACCGGCGGCUCCGCCGCAUGAUCCGACUCGCGCUGGAGCAGCUCGGGCCUCAUCUCUACGACUUCUUGUUGGACAGCGACGAGGAGGGCGGUGGCCAUGAUGAAGACGUCGAGGACGAUUCAGACUCGAUGGACUGGACCCCAGAACCCACUGUACACCUCGUCGUCAACGCCACUAGUACCCCCAGCCUCGAGUUCUCGCCCCACGAGCGCACCGGCGAACAUACCGGCCUCGGGAUCAUCUGGAACACGACUCCCUAUCAGGCUCAUUUCCCGCCAGAGCAACCGCCAGAGCAACAGCCAUCACCAUUGGGCGCUUCCCAACAACUGUAUCAUCAUCAGCAGCAGCAGCAACAACACUCGAAUAUGAACAUGGCUGGAAGGCCGUCGCCACAAAUGCGUCAGCAGCCACAGUCACCUUAUCACCCACAAUACCAACAGCAGCCACAACCAUUGGAGCACGAAUUGUUGCAUCAGCAACAGCAAACAUACAGGCAGCAUGCACCAGCUGUAGACUGUGUCUCCAGGAUGCAUGCUUAUAGAUCCGAUGCCCACGUGUAG